AUGCUGCAAGCAGCCAGGGUCCCAAAGACCCAUCAGGGAAAGGAGAAAUUAUCCAAAGCCAAGCAACGCCACCAGUGGUACAACAAGUACAAAGAGAAAAAGGCGGCUACCCUGUCAUUCCACUAUGACAACAUCUGGAAUCAUUUCCCCAAAGGUGGUCUCGACUUGGUGAAAAUAGAGUGCUUGAGAGACAACACUGAUAAUUAUGGCCUUCACCAGUCGGAUUUGCAAUUCGACCAGGUCUGUAAAGAAGAAGCUGGUGAUUUGAAGCUGGGGACCCGUAGCCUUGGAUACAGAUAUGAAAAUGAGCACACAGUCCGUCUCAGAAACAGAGAGCUGUGUCCUUUCUCUGAAAAGAACAUGCCAUUUCUACAAGCAGUUAGAAGCAGCCUUCUGCUGAAGUAUCCCAAGGACAAACUACCCAUAUCAGAAUUUCUGAGAGUAAAUCUGGUGGUGGGGGCAAUGACUGGUCCACAUACGGAUACCAUGAGAGGUGCCACUCCAAACUACUUUAUGUCAGAACCAGAAUCAGAUUUUCAGCUGGAGCUGAGACGAUUCCCAAAUUUUAGAUGUUCUGUGGUUCUAUACAAGGGUUGCUUCUACAUUCCCCAUACAUUUUGCCCUGAAGAACUGGUUAUGAUUGGAUUCAAAGACGGGGCUCCAUUCUACUACGUUUUCCCAAAUGAAAUUAUUGACAAUCUGCAACCUUACGGGGAGUUGACAAGUUUUAUUGUGGUUGGUAUCAAGCAGAAGAAAUUGCAGGUAAUUCCGUGGAAAUAUGAAGUUUUCCAAUCUACCAAAUCGAUGGAACUUAAGUCCAUGGAGGAUGCCAUUGCCGAAGCCAGCAAAAACACAACAAUCAUUGGCAGAAAUAAAUACAUGUACUUCAACAAAUCAGGUGUAUGGUAUCGGUUUUUUGGCUGGAGGAAUAUUCAUAGAUGGUCGAAAGCUUCCAACCACCUGUGCAAGAGAGUUCAUAUUUUCUUUAGACCAGCGACACAGCAAGGAACUGACAGCAUGCCAACAACAGCAAAAAAUCGACUGCCAUUUCAUGUUGUUGUAUUUUCUACAAUGGCAUCCGACAAUAUCGUAGACCUCCUAGAUGAUGAUAGUGCCAGUGCCAGUGAUAGUUCUGUGGAGUUCUGUGGAGUGAGAGGUGUUCAUGAAUAUCAUGUACAUGUUGCUGGGAGACCAAAAGCCAUGUCAAGGCCAAUCUUCCUACAAGCUCUAAGAAGGGUGGUCAAUCCAAGCUCCAAGGCAAUCAAAGAUUUUCGUUCUGCCGCACAGCAGCAAGUCCAACAUCAGGCAACUACAGUUCUCCCUGUAUUUCCCAGCUGUGGAGUAUCCUUGAAGAUUUGGUUUAUGGACAGACUUCCCAAUUCCUGCUUUGUGAACAAGAAUCGGCAUGGUCAGCUAAGGCAACCCUUCCAGAACAACCAUUUAUCUCAAUUCAGGAUCUGCAAACCGGAUACUGAUAACUUGGUCAAAUUAGUUUUGGAUGCGUUGAACGGUGUGGCUUACAAAGAUGACAAACAAGUUGUGGCUAUCACCGCAUUCAAAUUGGCAGAUACAGUCCACCCAUAUGAGGGAAGAACCAUUGUGGAAAUUAAGGAGGCGAAUGAAGCUACAAUUGAGGAAGCACCGGCAUGGGCUUUUGUGAACUAGUUUGAUAAAGUAAUUUACUACUUAGUUGUACUAUCUAUAUGGAUUGUUAGGAAGG